AUGGUAGAUGAGGACAAAAAAUCGGGCACAAGAGUGUUCAAAAAGACAAGUCCAAAUGGAAAAAUAACCACAUAUCUCGGAAAAAGAGACUUCAUCGACCGCGGUGACUAUGUCGACCUGAUAGAUGGAAUGGUUCUGAUCGAUGAAGAAUACAUAAAGGAAAACAAAAAAGUGACGGCGCAUCUCCUGGCUGCUUUCCGAUACGGAAGAGAAGACCUUGACGUGCUCGGACUGACGUUCCGCAAGGAUUUGAUCUCAGAAACAUUUCAAGUAUAUCCACAGACAGAAAAAGCGAUUGCAAGACCAUUAUCAAGAUUGCAAGAACGAUUGAAAAGGAAACUUGGAUCAAAUGCAUUCCCAUUUUGGUUCGAAGUAUCGCCUAAAAGUGCAAGUAGUGUUACUCUUCAGCCAGCCCCGGGAGACACUGGCAAACCAUGUGGAGUGGAUUAUGAGUUGAAAACGUUUGUGGCAGUGACUGAUGGAAGCAGUAGCGAGAAACCGAAGAAAAACGCUCUCAGCAACACCGUCCGCCUUGCCAUCAGAAAGUUGACUUACGCUCCAUUUGAAUCUCGCCCUCAACCGAUGGUUGACGUCUCCAAGUAUUUUAUGAUGUCCUCUGGACUUUUGCAUAUGGAAGUGUCAUUGGAUAAAGAGAUGUACUACCAUGGUGAAUCCAUUGCUGUUAAUGUGCAUAUCCAGAACAACAGCAACAAAACUGUCAAGAAACUCAAAAUCUGCAUCAUCCAAGUCGCUGAUAUUUGUCUGUUCACUACUGCAUCUUACUCUUGUGAAGUUGCUCGGAUUGAAAGCAACGAAGGCUUCCCAGUGGGUCCGGGCGCGACACUUUCGAAGGUUUUUGCCGUGUGUCCUCUUCUGAGUAAUAACAAGGACAAGCGAGGACUUGCACUGGACGGGCAACUCAAGCAUGAGGACACUAAUUUAGCUUCAAGCACAAUAUUGGAUGCAAAAACUUCGAAAGAAAGUUUGGGAAUCGUUGUCCAAUACCGAGUUAAAGUGCGUGCUGUUUUGGGACCACUCAAUGGAGAACUUUUCGCCGAAUUGCCGUUUACCUUGACACACUCAAAGCCUCCAGAAAGCCCGGAAAGAACUGACCGCGGAUUGCCAUCAACCGAAGCAACAAACGGCUCAGAACCAGUCGACAUUGAUCUCAUUCAGUUGCAUGAAGAAUUAGAGCUACGGGACGACGACGAUCUUAUAUUCGAAGAUUUCGCCCGAAUGCGUCUCCACGGAAACGAUAGUGAAGACCAGCCAUCGCCAAGCGCCAAUUUGCCGCCAAGUCUCCUAUGA